AUGGAAUCACGAACAACAUCCCAGCCAUCCACGAACCCGCCCAGCAUCGAGAUCGCCUACAAGCGCAAAUGCAUCGCGCUCAAGAAACGCCUCAGCGAAAUCGAAGCCGAGAACGAAUUGAUGCGUACCCGCAAUCGACGUGGCUGGCAAUACAUCCAAAAAAUGCGCUUAGAGUCUUGUAUCCUUCUUGAGCGCCUAGCCACCGUUACAGGCAUGGCCGAGGAAGCCCAAGCAGGCGUGAACCCCGAACUGCGUGCGCGCGCCGCCGCCAUGGUGACCAACACUGCUAGUUUAGACGGCAUGGCUCCGCCGAGAAACGGAUCAGGGCCAGGGUACUAUGAAGAUGAGACAGAGGGAAGCUCAGAUGAACAACCGCCUACACCGCAAGAACGUCCGCUCCGCGUGAAACGAUCUCGGAAGUCGAACCUGCCUAUUGACGAUGACGAUUUGCCUGCCGGUACUACUCCUGAAACAUCUGGCGCGGGAGCAUCAUCGGCGUGGCCACGGCUCGCCCCAGCGCCGUCGCAGGAGGAGAUGACAUCUUCAUUCCGGAUCCAACAGGGUAACGGGUCCGGGCAGGAGAAGGAAACUCCGCUGCCAAGCGAUCGAGAGGGUGAAAACAGAUAUGUUUCUGGGGAGCGAGCAGUAGAUCCCUCGGCGGAAACCUCUGCGACGCCGAUGGAAUUAGAUAACAAAGUGCUGAAGGAGGAAAGCUAAUGAGGAUACACUGUUGUAUUAUUUGCGAUGAUUGCGUUUGUUUUUCUAUGCGGGUUUGGACGGGUUCUUCACGAUUGCAUACUUCCAUCUCAUUUCUAGGGUUAUUCAAGAACACAUACCUAUUUGCAUUGGUGUUCAUGAGCAUUAUAACGCUCAUAGAUCAAAAC